GCACUAAACAUGGUAAGAUGUAAAUAAAAGAGAAAAAAAGAAAAAAAGAGAUAGCACCUGUGUAGAAGAGAAAGUAAAGGAGGGAGGGAAGCCCAAACUCUAUACUUUACAAUUGUUACUGUACUUAACAAGAUCUUAACUUAAUACAGUAUUUGUAAGAAUGGAUUCCAAAUGUUGUUGAAUUUGUCCAUGGCAAGUCUGCAUUUAUAUGCAAGUCGUUCAUAUGUUGGGAGUUUGUAUAAGUCUUCAAUCCAAUCGUAGAAGGGAACCCCAUUUUUAUUCUUCCAGUUCAUCAGUAUCAGUCUUUUUUGCCUUGGUAAAAUCUGGUAUGUGCUGCUGGGGAGGCUCAGGAGUUUCUGACAGUAACUUAACGGCACAGCGCUAUAAAUAAUGGGCUGAAUCUUUUCCAAUGCAAAAACUUGGCAUCCCUGGUAUAUAUCAUUUAUGAGAUUGCUGGAGCGAGACAGCACAGGCCCAUGUCCAAAACCCUCUGACCUCAGCCAUGAAGCUUAUUGGAUGAUCUGAAGACUUCAUCCAUUUGGACUAGCCUACUUUGCAGGCUUGUGAGGACAAAACGAGAGGAGAGACGUAACCCUGGAAGAUGCCUUGCCUUGGAGGAUAGGAGAUGCCUUGGAGGAUAGGUGUAAAUAUCCAGUUUAGCCCAGAAAGAUUGGCCUCCACACAUCUUUUGCCAGCAAUCCUGUUUGAACGCCAUGCUCAGGCUCCUUAAGUUUCUGUUGUAAACACAAAGCUCAGGGGUUUUAUACAUGUCAAUAUAAAUGUGGGAUCUUGCAGUUCAGAAUUGUUUGAGAGAGAAAAGGUUUAAAGAAAGCCAACGGGUGGAAAGCGAGCGAGGUCCCAACUGAAGAAUGGCAAUUUGACAGAAUAGACACGACUUGCAGACUUAACAUAUAGAAUAAGAGAACACAAAGAAAAUACGUUUAAAGAAGACUGGAAAACGUUUAUUGAAUAUGUGGGAAAUGUGUUGGCAGCUGAAAACGCUGGCAGCAUUAAGAUAAAUUCAACAGCGUAAACAAGUUUUGAUGGAUGCAAUAAUGGCAUAGUGUUUGUAAAACACGCUGGGAUUUAUGAUAUGUUAAAAUGAACCAUGGAAAGGGAAGAAGGGAAGCCAUCGAUAUUUUAAGGAUGUCAAAUGAGUAUUUUAAACUGUAAAACAGAAAAAUAAAAUUAUAUACAAGAAAAUAAAGGAACCCAACGGAUGUGACCCAAGUCCACACCAGAGGAACCGACGCGUGAGCGCGGAGUUGAGGCAGUUCAUCCGUGUAGAAAACACGCAGAGGCGUUUAAACUCCAUUCGGACGUUGGGCGCGGAAGCGAGCCCCACAGCAUUCAAUGGGUUUCAUAUUUAUUGAAUUUAUAUACAGUACCUCCUUAUACCCCGGAAGUCUCAGGGCGGUUCACGGAGGCAAGGAGCACUUAGGGGUUGCAGACUGAGUUACGCAGAGGCUGUUUUUGAGCACCGGGUGGGCUCUGAGGAACUGGAGGGGGCGGGAAAGGGACGCGCGCCUCACGGGCCGCGGAGAAGCCAACUUGGCCAGGGCCGGCGGCGGCGGCGGUUCUUCUGGGUCGAUGCUGAGCGGCGAGGGGCCACCCGGUGGGCCGCUUCUCUCCCUGCCCGCCCGGGCGAAGGGAGGCUAGAGCGCCGGGCGGGCGGCCCCGCCCCUGGCCGAACCAGCGCCCGCGGGGCUCCGCUGCCGAAGGGCUGCCGUUGCCGCCGCCGCCGCGAUGGCCGGCGCGAGAAUUAGCGGCACGCUGCUGCCCGAGCCGAGGCUGGAGGAGCCUUGCGACGAACAGGUGAGUCCAGAAAGUUCCCUUCUUCCACACGGAGCGGCUGCCUGCGCUCUCGUCCGCCCCUCGGGGAAAAAAACACCACGUCGAGGCAGGGAACACCGCGAAGUCUCACCAUCAAGUGCUUUUACUUAAUUUAACCCGGGGGCAAGACUUGUUUUUGUUUAAUCCGUAAACCGCCUGGAGUCCCGUCAGCGAGAAAGGCGGGCAUAACAAUAGUAAUAGUAAUUCCCCGCAUCUCUUUCUUCACAAAAAUGUAGCUCCAUGUGUCAUUCUGAAGAUCACGACCUCAAGCUUAAAUUAAGACAGAAGAAGUAAUUGACUUUUUGUUGGGUAUUCAUAAUGCUCUGAACCGCUCUGACAUCUACCUACGAAGGUUAAUAAUAAUAAUAAUAAUAAUAAAUUCCCACAUCUCUUUCUUCACAAAAAUGUAGCUUCAUGUGUCAUUCUGAAGAUCAUGACCUCAAGCUUAAAUUAAGCCAGAAGAAGCAAUUGACUUUUUGGUUGGGUAUUCAUAAUGCUCUGAACUGCUCUGACAUCUAGGGAUGAAGAUUAAUAAUAAUAACAAUUUUAAAAAAAAAUCCCACAUCUCUUUCUUCACAAAAACGUAGCUUCAUAUGUCAUUCUGAAGAUCUCAACUGCAAGUUUAAAUUAAGCCAGCAGAAGUAAUUGACUUUCUUGCUGGAUAUUCAAAAUGCUCUGAACCACUCUGACAUCUAUGGAUAAAGGGUAAUAAUAAUAAUAAUAAUAUAGUUUUUCUUCUCACUCAAAACGUGUAAGGAAAGAGCAGGAGUGGGGAAGCCUUUUUUUACCAUCAAUGUGAACCAACUGAUUUAUGAAGUGGUAGCUAACCUAUUGUGAAGGCUGCGUAAGGUUUUUCUGAGUAUAGAGAGAAGUUUUAAGAAUAAGAAUGAACAAAACAAAAAGAUCACACGGCGUGAAACUCCAGUUGAAUUUAAAAUACUGCAUUCUGUAAAUUAAAUUAAUUGCAAAAUAUUAUAGAUAGAUGCCUGUUUUAAAAAUGUAAACCUUAUUUGAUUUCUUGGUUUAACAUUGCAAUACAAACAAUAUGCAUCUACAGAAUUGCCCAUUCUUCUGUGAUAAACCAUCACAUACCCAUAAUCCAAACCCCUGCAAACUUAGAGAAAAGUAAAGGUGAAGAAGAAGAAAAAGAAGAAGAAUGUGGGGCAAGGAGAGCGAGUGGCUUUUAAAUGUCUUGCUUUCAUUCAAUGAGUAGGUUAGAGAAUGUGAAGAAAAAGUCUUGCAGUACAAAACCUGCACUUUCCUUACAAUGCGAUCCUGUACAUUUUACUCAGAAUAAGCCUCACUGAGUUUAUUGGGACAGAUAAAUGUGCAUCAGACUGCAGCCUAAAAUAUGCUCUGGUUACUUCCAAAUGAAGCGAAUAUUGAGCAAACAACUUAAUAUAAAAAGCAUCACUCCUUGCAAAAUGUACAAUUUUUUCAAAAGAUAUUGUAUUCAAUUGUUUUCUUGCAAAAAAAAAUAUUUAUUUGUUUAUUUAUUAACUUUACCCCACCUUUUAAUUCAAAAUAAUCCUUAAAGCAAAUUACAGUUGUACCUUGGUUCUCGAACAGAAUGCGUUCUGGGAGUCCAUUUGACUUCCGGAACUGUUCGAAAACCAAGGCACGGCUUCCAAUUGGCUGCAGAAACAUUCAGCAGCCAAUUGGAAGCCACGGAAGCCAGAAAACCAGAACACUCACUUCUGGGUUUCGAUCGUGCGGGAGCCGAUUUGUUCGGGAGCCAAGGCAUUUGAAAUCCAAGGUACAACAGUAAAACAAACUCAGAUACAAUUAUUUCUCCUCCCCCGACAACAUUCCUCUUGGCUAGUAUGUUUUCUCCACACCACCAAUGGUCCUUCCCACUGUGUCCUGUUGCCUAUUACUCCCUCCUGUUUUCACUGUUCAGAGACGGAAGGAGCUGGAUACAGCAGGUGUGCUUCAAUAUUUAUUUAGCAGCACUGAAUGCUAGGUCUAGUACCUGGAAAAGCGUUGUCCCUGAAAUAGUACAAUUCUAGGAGUGUUGUGUGCAAUGCAGUAUUACUGAAUGCAUCAAGAGCAUCAUGUGAUACUGAGGACAUUCCUAGUUGUUUCCCAAUUUAUUUCUUAUCAAUAAAAAAACUGCAAGCAAAUUUUUAUUCUAAAAGGGUGGCCCAGAGAAAAAAGUUUGAGAACCACUUAGUUAAUCCAUCAAUAAGCCAGUUUGUUCCUUAGAACAAUGAAAUAGAUAAAUAAAGACGAGGAAGGAAUGGAACACUGGAAAUUCUGUGGAUUCCAACAAGUACUGUACAUGCAAAGAGAAUGGAAAAUGUUUGGAUUUUAGAAGGCUGGAAAGCAUGAAACCGACUAAUGCUCACAAGAUAAUUUCAGAGAGUUUGUCAAAAUUUCCAGUGCUCAUUCUCAUUGAUUAGGCCAGCCUGUAGCUUUAUCUCUGAGUCCCAUGUUUUGUAGUUCUUUUUCAUUCUUUUCAAACUCCUGCUGGUUCAAUCCUGGUCCUUUCUGAUAAUGAAACAGCAACAACAUGGGACUGGCAGUUUUUGAAAUCAGUAGCUCAAAAUAACCCCGUCUCUGUAUAGUUCCUUGUUAACAAUGUUUCAAAAAUACACAAACUAAAUAUAUGCAUUAGGGUUUGCAAUUGCCACUAUUUUCAUUAUUAUUUUUUAAAAAACCCUGUUUGAAAACAGUGCUGCUUCUGUUCAGCAAGGGGUGGCACAGAAACGGGUGUGACGAGAUUAGUGACAGUAGGAGAGUCUGGUCUGGCAAAUUUAUUUUAAACAUUUUCUUUACAAACAAAAAAGGGCAGACAAAUUCCUUCUUAUGGCUAGGAGCUGCAGUGCACAGUUGAUCGCCAUGGCAACCAUAUUUGUGGGCUCCUGAUUAAAAGUGAUUCAGACCUAUUGUUUCUCUGUCAAUUAUUUUUUAGGUGAGCAGAUACAUUCUGUUGAGAGAGAGAGAGCAAGCAAGCGGUUGGAAUCUAUUCAUAACUUUUUGAAAUUUGAUCGCCACUCUUUCUGUACUUGAUCUUGGCCUGUCUUCUCACCUUUUCAGCUCAGCAAUGAAGACAAGCUUUCGGUGUGCAGCAAAUUGUGCUAUGGCAUUGGAGGUGCUCCAAACCAGGCUGCUAGCAGUGCCACCUCUUUCUUUCUGCAAAUCUUUCUCUUAGAUAUAGCAAUGGUAAGUAGUUUUGUAAGCUCCAGGCACAAGUUAGAGAAUGUCAUCCUUGCCGGUGUCAUGUGUGUCAACUUGGUAUUCACGAGAGGUCUGGAGGAUGGCAACACAAGUAGAGGCCUUUUCUGCAGUGACUCCCCAUUUGCAGAAUGUUCUCCCUAGGGAGGUUAGGCUGGUGCCUUCAUUGUACAUUUUUUGCACCCGGUAAAAAUGUUCCUCUUUAACCAGACCUUUGGCUGAUUGACAUCCGAUACCCUUUUAAAAUGUGUUGCGGGGGAUUAUUGGAUUGUUGUGGUGGUGGUUUUAAUUUUUAUUAUGUACUUUGUGUUUUUAUAUAGUGAUUUUAUCUUGUGAACCACCCUGAUAACUGCGAGUAUAGGGUGGUAUUAAAAAUAAAAUAAAAUAAAAAUUAAUAAUAUUGAGAUAAUUGAGCUUGUAAACAUCUCUCUUUGCUCUUACACAUCUCCAGUUAGGAGGAUUUGUGGAAGCACUUGCUGAACUCAUUAGGAGUAAAAAGACUUACUAAUGAGUGGGAGCCACCAAAGAAUUGUUGAACGGGAGGAACCAGCCUGUCUCCCUCUCUUCCACCCCCUGAACAGUCGCAGGAUGCCAUUUCUCUUCAGCCCAAACCAAACCUCCGGUAAUCUGUUUAGGGCUUUGGGUUGGUUCAGCAUGCUCAGCUGGCAUGGAUCCCCCAAGCCAUGUCUCCUGAGUGCAGUUGCACAAAUAUGUCUCGCAGCUUGUAUAUGGAAUUGGAUAAUUCACGUACCUGUGUGCAGUUUUGUGGAUUUUUGUUUAACCCUUUCUAUGGACCACUGCUCACCUAACAGCCACGUGGUGAAGGUUCAUUUAAGAUGUAAAGUUUAAAAUGUAAAGUUCCAAUCAUUUGAAGUUGCGGCUGUCUCCACAGGAGAGCGUGAUUCUACCCCCCAAUGCCAUUUCAGACCUUUGGACAAAUUUGUGAUUAAACGGUCAAAUGAGUGAUUGACAUGUAAACUGCAGUAUAUUCCUGGUUUUUCCCCCAGUUGCAUGAGCCACAUGAUUACUGCAUAUACAGUCAUACCUCUGGUUAUGAACAUGAUCCAUGCGGGAGGCACGUUCACAACCUGCAGCGUUCGCAACCCGCAGCACCGCAUCUGCGCACGCGCAUGAUGCAAUUUGGUGCGAGCACCAAAACCCAGAAGUAACCCGUUCUGGUACUUCCAGGUUCGGUGUGGUCCACAAACCAAAAAUGUGCAACCCGCAGCGUUCGUAACCCGAGGUAUGAUGCAGAUGCAGCCAGAAUUCAGCCUUAUAGGAACACCCCUUGCACUGCUGUGAAAAUGUUUGCAUCAGCCCUCAAAUGCUGUGUAGUAGUAAUUCUUAACAGUGCUAUUAUAAUAGAUUAGACUAUCCUUUGAAGACCACCGUAAUUGCAUACAUUAUGUAGAAAACUUCCUGAAAGUCUUCUGGGUUGUGACACAAUUUCUUUGAAGUGAAGCUGUACAUUGGGGGUGGAGAAGAACUUUGAGUUGUAACUUCUUGCCUGACAGAAUUUCAGUGACAGAACAUUCAUGACUCUAUCACUGCCCAGUCACUAGCUAGUAAUGCUUAAAAGUAUUUGUCAUUGUUUGUUCUGGAAAGGCCUAAAUUUACCUCUUUAUUUUGGGUGCCAUUUCACAGACCACCUGAAAGCUGUCCAUGGAGCACAGUUUAUGGAUCACUGUGCUAUUUUGUUCAUUAUCAGCAUAGUGCUAGCUUGCUAUUCCGCACUCAUGAUGGAGAGUCAUCUAUUUGAUGCCUUCAGUAGCAACCAGCAUGUGGUGUUGUGUCCAUGUUUAUUUAAUCUUCUAUCUCACUUUUCUUAAAAUAUAAUCAAGCUUCCAUACAACUAGAAUGAUGCCAAAAUAUACAGUAAAACCAACUAGCAGUAGCACAAAUGAAACCUCUAGCAACAAAAUACAGGGAUAGAAUUCUUCCCUCAUUUUAUAUAAUGCAUUGAAGUACAUUUUUGGAGAGUUAUUUUGUGCUCUCUGAUUCUUGUAAUGGUUAUGCCUUUCUUAAGGUAGGUGUCCUUUUUUGUUUUUCAGAUUACUCCAUUUCAUACUUCUUUGAUGCUUUUUAUUGGCAAAACAUGGGGGGCAGCAGCAGACCCUGUUGCCAGCUAUCUUAUUAAUAAAAGCAAACGGACCAAAAUUGGCCUACUUAUGCCUUGGUAAGCUGAUUUUUGCUGAUUGCUUAUAAUAACAUAUUUUCCUUUGUAUUCUACAUGCAUGCCCGAUCCCUAAGACGGUUGAUUUUUAUGAACAUGUUAUUGUAAAGCCUAUCCAUUUUCCACAUUUGCAAAAGGAAAAGUACACCGCAUAGCAGCAAUUGGUGGCCAGGUACUUGCCAUCCUUGCUGAAGUUUGGCAUUUGUCUACCUUUUACGCUGGCUAUGCUCAUUCUUAUGAGCCUCUUGCAGAACAAACUAACUCUUGCACAUCUCUUUUUGCCCCUGGGGAAACUGUAUUAGUUCCAGGUUCUUUUUUAAACAAGCUUGUGCAGACAGAAAGAGGUGCUAGCUUAAAACAAAACUAUCCAGUUGUGGCCAAUGGAAAGGGAAGGAAAAAAUAAAAAAUGUUUUCUUUCUACAUUUCAGACUGAGAAUAAGUUAGAAAAUGGACUUGUAGAUUAAACUCAAAAACCUCCACAUUUGCCUUGCAUAGAGCAAAGCAUAUAUGGCCAAGAGACCCUUUGUGGGUAAGGGUGAUGGCUUGCCAAAAUAGAUGUGUCCAGUGAGUUUAUCUCUGCUUAGACAAAUUCACCAGAGCCAAGAGCAUGUUAAAUAUAUGAGGCCCUGACAGGAAACAGAUGCUGCAACAUUGAUACUCUUCUAGCUUACUCAAGGUUUGGAAUGGGAUAAGGGGGGGAAUUUCUUCCUUUCCUGGUAAACUACCUUCACAUUUGUAGGAAGCUUUUCUAGUGCUGGAUAAAAUCAAAUUGUAUUAAAUAUUAUAUUAAAUUGUAUUAAAACCAUGGCUUUAACUAUACGGACCUUUGUUGGCAAGGUGAUGUCUCUGCUUUUUAAGAUGCUGUCUAGGUUUGUCAUUGCUUUUCUCCCAAGAAGCAGGCGUCUUUUAAUUUUGUGACUGCUGUCACCAUCUGCAGUGAUCAUGGAGCCCAAGAAAGUAAAAUCUCUCACUGUCUCCAUUUCUUCCCCUUCUAUUUGACAGGAGGUGAUGGGCCCAGUGGCCAUGAUCUUCGUUUUUUUGAUGUUGAGCUUCAGACCAUAUUUUGCACUCUCCUCUUUCACCCUCAUUAAAAGGUUCUUUAAUUCCUCCUCACUUUCUGCCAUCAAGGUUGUGUCACCUGCAUAUCUGAGGUAGUUGAUAUUUCUUCUGGAAAUCUUAAUUCCGGCUUGGAAUUCAUCCAGCCCAGACUUUCGCAUGAUGAAUUCUGCAUAUAAGUUAAAUAAGCGAGGAGACAAUAUACAGCCUUGUCGUACUCCUUUCCUAAUUUUGAACCAAUCAGUUGUUCCAUAUCCAGUUCUAACUGUAGCUUCUUGUCCCACAUAGAGAUUUCUCAGGAGACAGAUGAGGUGAUCAGGCACUCCCAUUUCUUUAAGAAUUUGCCAUAGUUUGCUGUGGUCGACACAGUCAAAGGCUUUUGCAUAAUCAAUGAAGCAGAAGUAGAUGUCUUUCUGGAAGCGGUCUAGACUGGUUGAAUCUGGUCCAAACCGGUUGGAACCUGUUGAAGCUGGUUUGAACAGCUCCAAGCUGGUUGGAACUGGUCCAGACUGGUUUGAACCAGUCCAGACCGGUCUAGACCGGUUGGAACCGGCCCAAGCUGGUUGGAACGGGUCUAGACCCGUUGAAUCUGGUCUAGACCGGUUGGAACUGGUCCAAGCUGGUUGGAACCUCUCUAGACCGGUUGGAACCGGUUCAGACCAGUUUGAACCAGUCCAAGCUGGUUGGAACCUGUCCACCCCGGUUUGAACCGGUUUCAACCAGUUGAAGCCAGUUUCAGCUGGACUAGACCGGUUUAAACUGGUUGAAGCUGGUUUCAGCUGGACUAAAUCGGAUGGAACCGAUCCAAGCUGGUUAGAACCGGUCUAGACUGGUUGGAACUGGUUCAAACCGGUUCAGACUGGUUGGAACCUGUCCAAGCUGGUUUGAACCGGUCCAAGCUGUUUGGAGCCGGUCUAAACGGGUUGCAACUGGUUGAGACCGGUUGGGACUGGUUGAAUCUGGUCCAAACCAGUCUGGACCAGUUGAAGCAGGUUGGAACCGGUAUAGUCCUGUUGGAACCGGUCCAAGCUGGUUGGACCAGGUCUAGACUGGUUGGAAUCGGUCUUAACCGGUUUGAACAUGUUAAAGCCUGUUGGAACCGGGCCAAGCUUCGUGGAACCAGUCUAGACCGGUUGGAACCGGUUUGAAUCGGUUGAAGCCGGUUUGAACCGGUCCAGACCGGUUUAAACUGAUUGAAGCCAGUUUCAGCCAGACUAGACCAGUUGGAACCGGUCCAGGCUGGUUGGAACUGGUCUAGACUAGUUGGAACCGGUUCAGACCGGUUUGAACUGGUUGAAGCCGGUUGGAACCGGUCCAGACAGGUUUAAACUGGUUGAAGCCAGUUUCAGCCGGACUAGACUGGUUGGAACCGGUCCAAGCUGGUUAGAACCGGUCUAGACUGGUUGGAACUGGUUCAGACUGGUUUGAAUCGGUCCAAGCUCUUUGGAACCGGUCUAGACUGGUUAGAACCGGUUCAGACCGGUUAGGACGGGUUGAAUCUGGUCCAAACCAGUCUGGACCAGUUGAAGCCGGUUUGAACCUGUCCAAGCAGGUUGGAACCAGUGUAGUCCAGUUGAAACCGGGCCAAGCUGGUUGAAACGGGUCUAGACCGGUUUGAACCGGUCCAGAUCGGUUUAAACUGGUUGAAGCCGGUUUCAGCCGGACUAGACCAGUUGGAACCGGUCUAGACCAGUUGGAACCGCUCUAGACCAGUUGGAAUUGGUUCAGACCGGUUUGAACCGGUUGAAGCCGGUUUGAACCGGUCUAGACCGGUUCCAACUGGUCCAGACCAGUUUGAACCGGUUGAAGCUGGUUUCAGCCAGUCUAGACCGGUUGGAACCGGUCCAAGCUGGUUGAAACCGGUCUAGACCGGUUAAAUCUGGUGCAAACCAGCCGCAACCGCUUGAAGCCGGUUUGAACCUGUCCAAGCCGGUUGGAACCGGUUGAAGCCGGUUUGAACCGGUCCAAGCUGGUUCGAACCAGUCUAGACCAGUUUGAUCUGGUUGAAGUCAGUUUGAACCAGUCAAAGCUGGUUGGAACUGGUUCAGACUGGUAGGAACAAGUCCAAGCCAGUUUCAGCCGGACUAGACCGGUUGAACCGGUCCAAGCUGGUUGGAACCAGUCUGCACGUUGGACAGUUGAGAACCGGGUUGAACCGACCAGUUUGAUCUGGUUGAAGUCAGUUUGAACCAGUCAAAGCUGGUUGGAACUGGUUCAGACUGGUAGGAACAAGUCCAAGCCAGUUUCAGCCGGACUAGACCGGUUGGAACCGGUCCAAGCUGGUUGGAACCAGUCUACACCGGUUGGAACCGGUUCAGACCGGUUUGAACCGGUUGAAGCUGGUUUGAACCGGUCUAGACCGGUUGGAACGGGUCCAAGCUGGUUGUGACCUUUCUAGACCAGGUGGAACUUACCCAGACCGGUUUGAGCCGGUUGAAGCCAGUUUGAACUGGUCCAAGCUGGUUGGAACAGGUCUAGACUGGUUGGAACCGGUCUUAACUGGUUUGAACCUGUUAAAGCCUGUUUGAACCAGUCUAGACUGGUUGGAACCGGUUGAAGCUGGUUUAAACUGGUCCAGACCGGUUUAAACUGGUUGAAGCCAUUUUCAGCCAGACUAGACCCGUUGGAACCGGUCCAGACCGGUUUGAACCAAUUGAAGCCUAUUUGAACCGGUCUAGACCUGUUGGAACCGGUUCAGACCUGUUUGAACCAGUUGAAGCCGGUUUCAGCCAGUCUAGACCGGUUGGAACUGGUCCAAGCUGGUUGGAACCGGUCUAGAUCGGUUGGAACCGGUUGAAGCUGGUUUCAUCUAGCCUCGAUCCGUUGGAACCGGUCCAUGCUGGUUGUAAUCUUUCUAGACCAGGUGGAACUUGCGCAGACCGGUUGGAACCGGUUGAAGCCCGUUUCAGCCAGUCCAGACCGGUUUAAACUGGUUGAAGCCAGUUUCAGCCGGACUAGACCCGUUGGAACCGGUCCAAGCUGGUUGGAACCUCUCUAGAUCAGUUUGAACCGGUUGAAGCCGAUUUGAACCGGUCUAGACCUGUUGGAACUGGUUCAGACCGGUUUGAACCGGUUGAAGCUGGUUUGAACCAGUCUAGACCAGUUGGAACCGGUCCAGACCGGUUUGAACUGGUUGAAGCCGGUUUCAGCCAAUAUUUACCAGUUGGAACCAGUCCAAGCUGGUUGGGACCGGUCUAGACCGGUUAAAUCUGGUGCAAACCAGUCGCAGCCGGUUGAAGCUGGUUUGAACCUGUCCAAGCAGGUUGGAACCAGUUUGAACCGGUUGAAGCCAGUUUGAACUGGUCCAAGCUGGUUGGAACCGGUCUAGACCGGUUGGAACCGGUUGAAGCCGGAUGAAGCUGGUUUCAGCCAGUCUAGAUCCGUUGGAACCGGUCCAUGCUGAUUGUAACCUUUCUAGACCAGGUGGAACUUGCCCAGACCAGUUUGAACUGGUUGAAGCCUGUUUGAACUGGUCCAAGCUGGGUGGAACCGGUCUAGACCGGUUGGAACCGGUUGAAGUCAGUUUGAACCGGUCUAGACCAGUUGGAACCAGUCCAGACCGGUUUAAACUGGUUGACGCCAGUUUCAGCCGGACUAGAACGGUUGGAACCGGUUCAGACCGGUUUGAACAGGUUGAAGCCGGUUUGAACCGGUCUAGACCAGUUGGAACCGGUUCAGACCGGUUUGAACCGGUUGAAGCCGGUUUCAGCCAGUCUAUAAUUUAGCUGAGCUAAACAGAGCCAUCAUUAAAUUUAGCUCUUUGUAGCCUAUAUUACAGUAUGCUUUCGUAUGGUGUGUGUGUCGUUGUAUACACCUUUGUGCAAUAAAAUCAUCUGAAAGUGGCAGCUACUAUCCAUGUUGACUGUACACAGGUGGGCAUCUUUCCAAACUAGCAUAUGACAAUGGUGUUCUCUAUCCCCCUUCCUUCAAUUAUAGUUUCCAUUGACUUUUUAAAAAUAUGUGUAUUUUUCACAGUCUUUUGAAAGCCUGGAAGCCGGUAUGAUGAUAUGCCGAGGAUAUGUAUACAGUGGUACCUCCGGUUACGAACUUAAUUUGUUCCGGAGGUCCAUUCUUGAGCUGAAACCGUUCUUAACAUGAGACGCGCUUUCGCUAAUGGCUCCUCCUGCUGCCAGCGCACCACUGGUGCGCGACUUCUGCUUGCAUCCCGGGGCAAAGUUUGCAACCGGGAGCAUCUACCAAAGUGUUCGCGAGGAGGACAGUACGUAACACGAGGUUCCAUUGUAUCGAUAUACAGAAGCGACUAAGUUACUAUACCGCUUCCAAUUUUGCCUGUUUCAUUCAUGGAGAAGUUGAACACGGGAAUGAUGCAAGGCUGCACAUGUCUGCACCAAGCACUUGAGAAGUGCAUUCUCAACACAGAGUGGAUUAUAGCUCUUCUAGCAGAUUGCACUCUAGAUUGACAAAUAGUGUGGGGCAGGGACGAAAUGGGGAUGGCAUUGUGUGCGUAGCAUCCCCAAAUGUCACUACCAUCUAGCGCUGAAUGCACAUUACCCUGCAGCAUGUAUGCGCCCUGAGUUUAACUUCUCAUACAUGCAACUGGUGGGAAAUCAGGGAGAAGGGUUCUGUCUUAGCAUUCCCAGAUGUGCUAGGUUUCUAUGUGCAAAUUUUCUUUACAUACGAAGUUGCAACAACAAUCUGGGGAAUACAGCCCAGAAAGAUCUGUACCAUGUGCUAAGUUCUGCACUUGCAUUUCAGGUAUGUGAAAUAACAAACUGAGAGAGAGGCAAGAAAAGCAUGUUCUCAUUCUUCCCUUCCCACUAUUAGCUCUGUUGUAACUGCAACCUAAAUUCAAGGUGCUGUUUUGAACUUUUAGAGCCCUAGAUGGCUUGGAACCUGGUAUUUAAGGAACACCAUCUUAGAUAUCUUCCUCCCUGUACUUUCCACUUAGUCUCUGAGGCCUUGUUCCAGAUGCUACUGCCAAAUAAGGUACAGUGGGUAGCUGGUGGCACCCACUCUGACAGGGGUGCCAACUUGAAUAAAAUAUUGUAGGGUCCCAGGUAAGCCCCAGUCCACAUAACUGAUCACAUGACAUGGUGUACACACACCAUUUGAAUGGCAACGUUCAUCCCCCUCAAAUAUUUUAUUCUGGGGACCGAAGCCCCCACAGCUCCUAGGAGUCUGGUUCCUAUGCAGUCUACAGAAUGCUCUAAGGAGACUUGCCAGGCUCCAACAGUUUAUUUUUUCAGUGGACAAAGCAUGGCUUUUCUUUAGGCUGUAAAUUUCCUUAGACUUACAUCCAGAUAAAGACCUAUAUCUGUUUACUCAUAGACAAGCCCCAUUGAGUUCAAUGGGACUUACUCCUGUUUAGGAUUGCAACUUUAAUUUAGUACUGCUGUUUGCAUGAUCAGUGUUGAUUUGGUAUUGGUAGGUUGUUGUUGUUGUUCCAUAAUCUUAUAUUGGAUUAUUUGUUUUAUAUGUUGUUUGUUUUAAAUCAUCAGAUAAAUGUUGCAUCUUAUUCCUAAAUAUAACUUGCAUCCAAAUAGCUAGUGGUAUUUUUCUAUGUGCCCACCUGAGAGGUGCUGGAACUGAGUUCCAGCGAGUUCCAGCUGGGAAAAAAAGCUCUGCAAAAAUAGCACAAGAAAUGUGACCAAAGCAAGGAAGUUCAGUCAAUGCCUUGUAAAAUGAGUGUGGCAUGAGUGUGAGCCCUCAGCAGAUGCCACUCAUGCUGAUCCUUGAUGCUGGCCCUUGUCUUAAGGUAUUUAACCUGGGCAGACUGGCUCUUCUACUGGAAAUGAGAAUUGAGCAUCCCACAAAGUUCUGGCCUUUUUACACCUGACCUGGGAGGGCAGGGCCUGAGGCAGCUGAGGUGUUGUUGGGGAGGGAGUUGUUGCUCUUGUUGCUGCUUUUUUUUGGUAUCUUUUGCUGUGAUUUAUGUGGAAAUUGUUCAGUUUGGUUUUGUAUUUUGUAUUUUUGUAUUUACUAUUGAUGGCUACUUUUGUCACGUUGUAGUUAUGUAUUUUUUCAUGAUGUAAGCUGCCGUGAGCAUGGCUUGAACUGUGGAAAUUAUGUAUUUCUGUAAAAUACAUGGCCUUCCCUCUGAAUUGCUGGGCUGGCAAAUCUAGAAUGGAAUACAGUAAUGCUGUGUUGUCACACUUCGUUGUAGUGGAUUAAUGAUCCACCCUGACCUAACCUCAGUGCCCUGCUCCACAUCAUGGCUGCUUUCCUUGCAGUCCAUCAUGCCAGCCUCUAACAAUGCCUUUGUAUCCCUUACAACAGAAUGGAAGAGCUAUUAUACUGAAUUAGUGCAUUCCACCUCUUUCCUCCCCCUCGCCAAUCCCCUGCUGCAAAUCAUCAGCUGACAUACCCAGUCCCAUUCAUGUAAUGUAUAAGAAAAUACUGUGCAGAUAGCACUCUUCUGAAAGGAUUAAUCUGUGUUGUCUGUUCGUUUCAGGGUUUUGUUAAUAGUGUCGGUGGUUAUCUAAUUACAUUGUGUAGCGGCUGCUUUACAAGUACACUGGAGAAUUCUGCUGUAGUUAGAGGUCACACUCUGCAGAAUUAAUUGCAUCUGCCCAUCACUUGCACAUAACAAAGCUAGAAUAUACUAGAUUCUGUCUCCCAGCUUUACACAAGCCUUGAAUGACAUGCAGCUUAUCAGCCCUGAGUGUCACUUUACCGGUUGCCUUUAGAACCAUGUUUACUAUUGAAGGGCUGGUCUGUGUUUCCUCGGAGUCAUUGCCAUUUAAAUAAAUGACAGCUGAAUCGCUUCCAGCAUCGUAAAACACAGGGAUGACUAAAGAGGGACCGUAUUUAGGGGACAGUGAUAGAGAGGCUUUCGUCUCUUAUACGGCUGUUCGUCUACAUUAAUAGAUAAUAGAGCAAUAGUGAGCCCUUCCUGUGUCUUAAGCAGAGUGAGGUAGUAGUAGUAAAAAUAAUCAUAUUGUUUAUUAAGCCACUAAAUUUUUUAGAUGCUAUAUAAAAUAUAUGUAAAGAAAUAAUAAUAACCGUGCCCAUAGAGAAUAUUAAAAAAAUUAGACAAGUGAGAUGGUGCAGACAAUACAGUAUUGAAUUUGAACCGGACAGAUUUUAUCCCCUUUUUAGUUUUGCUUUUUAACAAUCAAAAUGGUUCAUAGAUAUGUUUGGCAUUCACCGUAUUGUUUUUAUUCCAGGUUACUGGGUACUACACCUUUCCUUAUUGUGUCCUACUUCUUCCUGUGGUACUGCCCAAGCGUUAUAGAAGCAAAAGAUGUAUGGUAUAUGGCUUUCUUCUGCCUUUUCCAGGCAUUGAGUACAGUAAGUUGAUCAAUACUGACACCCUUUUCCUCUGCAAUUAGAUGCUUCUGGACAUCGCAUCCGUCGGAUCACAAUUAUUUCUAAUAUAGAACGAGACAACUAUUUGGUCAUAUACGCUAGGCAGUGAGGAACUGCACCUCUGCAGUGUAACUUGAUUAAUUUAGAAAGUACAGAGGGAUUUCAGCAGGCCAGUUAAUGAAAGCUGCUGUACAUCAUAUUUUAAUGUAGAACUGCUACCACAUCGCAAAGGCUUUUUUGCAUAUCUUGGAAAGAUACAAACAGUACUCUAGAUCCUAUUGCAUCAGUGAGACAACAUUCGUGAAAUAAUAUGCCACAAAGACAAAGAAAUAUUUGCUGGGAGCCACCAGUGAUUGUUUGGCUUUCUUGGUUAACAUAUAAGCAUAUAUGCCUGAGGUUCAGUACAGCUGUUAAAUUCUGUUAAAUUCUCAUGCCUUUAUACUGUAACAAUGGGCUUUUAGAAGUAAGAGAUGAGUUUGUGUUUCUUUAUUCAUAUGAGAUAUUUACUCAGUUGCCUUGCUAUAAAUCUGUUUGGAAAUAGGUCAACAAACAACAAUGCCCUCCAUUAGAGUGACUUUUUGUUGUUCUUUUAGGAUGAAGUUGCACUCCACCCUCGCGAAAUGCUAUUCAUCGCACAGUACAAAUAUGCCUCACAGCUUAUUAUACUUUCUGUACCCAUAUUUGUGCUCAGUUGUACUCAUUUCCUUAAUGCCUCCAUAGAACCUAUUCAGGCUUUGGAAACGUUGUACUUUCACAAGGGGGUGCCACAGCCUGACUGCUAUCUAAGAGGACUCUGGGAUAUUGCUCUGGGCCUUUUAAUCUCAGUAGUUAACACUUCUGCCAAUCCUGAAGCUUCCUUCUUUGAUCCCUUCGUGGGGGGCGGGGGAAUCUGCUGGAACAGAAAAGUCAUCCGGGGUAAAAUAUUCAUCUUUACAAAAAAGAAUUAAGAAGAAGAAGCUUCCUCAUACCCUUUUGCCAGGCAAUGCGUGGGCAUUUUCGGAUAUAUACCAACAGCACCCCUGUAUUUAUCUCAUCAUUUUUGUGCAUGCUUGAUCGGGAUAGAAAGGGGAAGGCCAAUUUUUAAUUUGAAUGGGUACUUAGUUCUAGCUAGUGCAGGUUUUCUAUUAGCAUUAUAGACAUAAGAAAUGCAGAACAUUCUUCUAGUUCAUAUUUGAAAAUGCCCUUAAUUUUUCUGAACAGUAAUGUUGUCGUUUUUUUACCAUAAAUGCUUGCUUCAAAUAUUAAAAGUUUUAAAUCAAGGAUGAGCAGUGGAGCUUUCCUGGUAGGUUAUAUCCUGUGAUUGGGAGACCUCUGUCAACAGACCUGGGAUCUGUGCCUCCUGCAGAGCAGCAUUUCAGGAAAUUCUAGAGCAGGGGUAGCUAACCCAUUUUUGGUCUAAGGGCUGCAUUCACCUUUUGCCAACUCCUCUUUUUUGCAAGGGGGGGGGAUAUAUGCUUUUGAAGCGUGUGGCCAACCCAUACUCUGCCACACAAAGCAUCAGCUGAGCCAUGCAGAACAGCUGGGGGGGGUAUCUUUCUGUCCCCACUUACAAAAUGAUUCCCUUGAUGACCAGGGUGGGGGUGAUCUACCUCCCCGUCAGUGCACUUGACUGUGCACAGUGCGCUGUGUCUAUUUAUUUACCUUGCCACUGUUGGUUGGGAAAGGAAAAGAUAGGUAUAAAAAGGAGAAUUCCUGGAUGUCCAGACCCAGGUUUGGGGCAAGUACUCUUUGGUGAGAGUACUCUUUGGUGUGAUUUAAAAUCACAAAACAUGCAGCAAGGUAAAGCACAGAAAUACAGGUCAUUAUACCUUUAAAAUAUGCCCUUCUCAGUUCCUUCCAAAUUUUCCCACUUCCCUUAGAAUAGAAAAAUACCAUCCGUUGGUAAGUUAAUAUGGUUUACUUACAAACUCUUCAAAGGUCAGAAUCAUGUGCUUUUCCAUAGAGCAUUCAGAAAACACAGGCAGUAAAGACUUAGGUUAGUUCCAAAGUGGUGGAAGUUCCUAAAUAAUUUGUAUAGAUACACAAAGAUGGCUUUGUAGGAACCAAGCUCAGACCUCUUUACACAACAGAGUUCGCAUGGUAAACUGAGGGAACAAUAGACUAGACUUCCUUUCUGCCAAAGUAGGGUGUAUGUGUCCUAGCUAAGCCUGGCAGGACAGCUUAUUCUGGCACUAACCCUUUCGUGCAUUAAUUACACUUAAGAAUUUUGGUUAUAUGAGGCUGAUUAUCCAACAGCCACAACCGUCAAAACGAGUGAGGUCUUUGGGGACCAGAAAAAAAUUGUCGGGGAGUUGAGCAAAGAAACUCCUGCCUCCAAGGAUGGCUAAGGCUCUUUUUACUUCCUUUUUGAGCUAUUGCACAUUUGAAGGUUGGAGGAGAAAGGUACAGCAUGCCUCAUAAGGAGCAGGAUUACUGGGCCUAACUACAUAGCAAGCCUUCCGGUUACAAUGAAAAGCAGCAUGCUAAAGUGAUACAUUUUUCCAGUGCUUUUUUUUUCUCUUAAAAAAUGUUUAGGGGUACUCUCAUUUUCCUACUCAUAUUGAAAUACUACCCCUCAAUGAAGCCAAACUUAGAGUCACAAAAUGUUUAGGGGUAUGCGUGCCCCUGCGUCCCCCCAGAAAAAAGCACUGCAUUUUCCUAACUGGGGUGUGUGUGUGUGUGUACUUUCGUUACAGCUAUUCCAUGUACCAUAUACAGCUCUCGUCAUGUUUUUGAGCGCAGACCAGAAGGAACGAGAUUCAGCAACGGCAUACCGUGAGUCUUACUGAGCAUGCUGCAUGUAGCAUGCUGCUCUGGAGACUCCCCUCCCCCCAAACAUAUUGGGGGAGCUGUGGCAAAGGGGUGGAGACUAGUAUUGAAAAACAGAAAAGCUCAGUUCUCUUGUGUUGCCAAACUAUGGGUUGGUGUUUUGUAAGCAAGCCUCAGAAUUGCAUGAUUCCCCAUCCCCUUCCUUCCUGUCCUUCCACACCCUGAUUCUCUCCCUGCCUCAGUGUUUCAGGCAAACCACAGUUGCUACUAUUAUAUCCAAAUUAGCAAAUUUAUUUUACACUUGCCCUCCAAAUUAGAACUGGAAGUCACGGUUUGGAGUUGGUUUCAGUUUUGUUUCCCCCUGUUUCAGAUGCAGGGAAGGAAUUGAAGCAUGAAGACGGAGGGAGAGGAGGGAUCAUGACUCAGUGUAGCCUCUAGUAACAUAGCUUGAACUAUAUUGGAAGACAGAUGACUCCAGAAAGUCUGUUCUUGUCCAUAGGAGCACAUAAUCUUUAAGGGAGGGGUGGGUAGCUUCUUUUUUGAGCUAAGGGUCACAUUGAAACAUGGUCAACCCUCCUGGCCCCCAAGUUUAAAAGUGGGUGUCGCCAAGCAAGAAUAGCUGGGGGCAGUUUUAUUUCUUUAUUUAAAAGGCAAUAUAUGUGGCGGGGGGUCACAAAAACCUUUUGACAUCACAACAGGGGAGUGCUCAGUUAUUUCUGAGCCUUGUUGGCAGCUGUUCCACCAUUUCAGGUUUAAAAAGAAGUGGGCUUUUUUCCCUACUUUAGGAAUGGGAUUUGAAGGUCUUGGAACAUUGGUUGGAGCUACACUCCAGGUCAGUAUGGUUUCCGAUGCUCACAGCUCUGACCACUGUAACAAUACUGUGGAUAACAUGGACUCUUCCACCAAUCUGUACGGAAACAGUUCCAGUGUUCCAGACAUGUCUGAGGCAGUAAGUUGAAAAGCUUUCAAAAGAUUUGGGGUGGGUGGGAAGGGAGCAUCCUGUAUUUCACCAUCCUACUGUCUAGAUAUGUUAUUGAUUUUCUUAAUAGCAAUGGCAAUAGAAUUGGGACAGGAACUUUCCUAAAAUUAGGGUUGCCAUAUGUCCGGAAUUCCCUGGACGUACCCAGAAUACUGUAGUAGGAAGCAGUGUCUGGGCAGAAAUUGGAAAAAUGUCUGGGAAAAUCCAGACGUAUGGCAACCUAUGUCAGCAGUGUUGUUUUUGCUGAUUUUCCUUAAUAUAGCUCAAGAUUGUCAGUUUGGGGGGGGGCAGUUUUGCCAAAAAAAGCUCAACCACUUUGACAAAAAAGGAGAAGCUCAACAUCUUUGCCAACCAGUUUUUGAAAUAUGGUAACCCUACUAAAAUGAACUUUGAGCCUAAACAUGAUAGUGGGAUUCAUUACUUCUGAGGGAUGUUAGUAUUUCAUUUAUUGUCUGCUAAUCUUAUUUUUCCAAUUAUCUGUUCAACACCACUGAGAAGCUUUGGUUUACACACACACAUACACACACGCACACAGACAGACUGUGUGUGUGUGUGUGUGUGUGUGCGCGCGCGUGUGUGUGUGCGCGUAUGCACACACACACACACACACAUCUUGAAUAAAUAAAAUAAAAUAUGUUUGGCAUUUGAUGUGUGCUGGGAGUUGUGGUCCCAGUCGCAGUGCCACCCUCUCCUAGGCAGUGACUAAAGUGAGGUGUGAUAGAACAAACUGAAACAGACAACAAUCUGGAUUUAAAAUGGCCACAACUUUAUAGAUUACAUAUGUAGGUGGAAUUUUGGCUCAGUGUAAAGUAAAGUUUCAGUGUAAAGUUUUUUAUUUAACUGGAAGAUGAAGAUGAAUAUUAAACUAUAAAAUAGAAUGAGUUGUUGUACAUUAGUUAAAAUAAGAAAGUCCAGGUAAAGACUAUCAACUUUAUCAGAUCAAGUAUAAUUCCAGAUUUGCUGGCUUGUGACAAGGAUUGUAUAUAAAAUGAUGGUUCCGCUGUACUGUUUAUGUCAUAAAGGAAUGCCAAAUCAUAUAAAAUGUUUCUUGAGGUUCUAGUCUUUGUCAAAACCUCAGAUUCUGCAUGAUUUUCUCCAUUAUAGCUAUAUUCCAGAGUGAUCAGUACGAAGUGUCCAGUGUUAAGAUUUGGGCUUGUUUUCCAUUAAGUUACAAUUACUAUUCAUGCUCCCAAGAUGAUAUAUAAGACCAAUUCUUUUGACAAUAUAUUUACAUUGUUAUCAUAAAAAAUACUCAGUAAUAUUAAUUUCGGAUAGCAAACAACAAUUUCUUUAGAAAUGUUUAUCAUUUCUAUCAAAUUUAUGUUCCAAAAAUCUUGUACCAAUUCCCACUAUAAAUGAUAAUAUGUGCCAAGUUUAUUGCAACCUCUCCAACCGUUAAGUGAUACAGAAGAAAACAUUUUUGACAUUUGGAAAGGAGUGUGAUGCCAUCUGUGUAACAAUUUUAAGGUGUUUACUUUGAGAAAACUGGAAACAGAUUUUAAGGGUUGUGAAUCCCAAAUUUUAUUCUAAUCUUUGGGGAAAAUUUAUGUGCCAGUAUCUAGUUCCCAUAUCUUUUUAAGAGGUUCCAUAGAUCCGUAAGUUACAUUAAGCAACCGAGUACAAUUUAGAAACUAAUCCUUUCGCCCCUCUACCCAUUGUGCUUCAUAGAUUUUCAUUCAUAUAUUAUAUAUAUAUAUUCAUUUUGUUUGUAUCAAGCAUUUUCUCACCUAUAUUUAAAUUUAAAUUUAAAUUUUUAUUCCUUUUCUUCCUUUUUUCCUUUGUUGGGGGUGGGUGGGAUGGAUAGUUGGUUGGGGAUUAAUUUUAGUAUAAUUGUUCUGUUCCUUUUUGUUGUUGUUGUUUUAUUGGUUCUGUAUAGUUUGUGUUUUGUUUUUAAGGGGCGGGAUCAGGGCUGCCUGGGAGUGGCUCCCAGCCAACACGAUGGCUGGGACAAGUUCCACAGGGGGGGAAGCACUGGGACAUCCGAUCUCGGUGAUCAUGGGCAGGAGGCGGAGUUACGCUAAGACCAGACCAUGUCAUUACCGAGGAGGCAGGUUUAGUCGUUGUUUGAAGACUAUCCCUGCCUCCAGGUCUGGCCUUGACCGGAUGGAUACUGGAAUCAACAGGGAAACCCACAUGACCUGAAAGUGUUGCUGUGCAAUGCCAAGUCAAUGAUGAAUAAAACCACUGCCAUCCACGACUUGAUUGUGGAUGGAGGAUUUGACCUGGCAUGUGUGACAGAGACCUGGUUGGAAGAAGCAGAUGGGCCUGUCCUUGCCGCUGCUUGCCCACCAGGUUUCUCUUACGCACAGCAACCCAGGUCAUGUGGGCGGGGAGGGGGGGUUGCAGUGAUUUUUAGGAAGUCACUAGCUUGCACCAGGCGUCCUACUGGGAAGAUCCAGUUCUCUGAGUGCAUGUUCUGGAAAUUGGGCAAUAGGGGCAGUACAGGAUUCCUUUUGGUGUACCGACCUCCCCACUGCACCAAGGAUUCCCUGUCCGAGCUGCUUCAGGUCGUGGCGGAUUUUCUCCUGGAGACACCUAGCUUGGUUGUCCUAGGGGAUUUUAACAUCCAUGCCGACACGACCUUACAAGGGGCUGCUCGGGACUUCGUGGAAAGCAUGGCCUCCAUGGGGCUGUCCCUGAAUAAGUUUGGCCCAACUCAUAGUCAUGGACAUGCCUUAGACCUGGUGUUCACCUCUAGUGACGUGGGUGAUCUGACACUAAGUAAAAGUGAAACAAAAGAAGUGCCAUGGUCAGAUCACUUCCUGGUGCAACUGGACUUCUCCGCGACCCUUCCCCUCUACAGGGAGGUGGGACCAAUUCGGAUGGUCCGCCCCCGCCACUUAAUGGAUCCAAAUGGUUUCCAGAGAGUGGUAGGGGAUGCUUUAGCCCAUGUUGAUGGCCUUUCAGCUGAUUCCCUGGUGGCCCGCUGGAAUGCGGAGUUAACCAGGGCUAUCGACUGUCUGGCUCCAAAGCGCCCUCUCCGAUUGCAUGGAGCCCGGACAGCCCCGUGGUUUUCUUCGGAGCUGAGGGCGAUGAAACAAUCGCUGAGAUGGCUAGAGCGUCAGUGGCAGAAAACUCACUCCGAAUCUGACCGGACACAGGUUAGAGCUCAACGUCGAGCCUACCAAGUGGCGAUAACGACGGCGAAGAAGACUUUCUUCACCGCCUCUAUUGCAUCUGCAGAAAAUAGUAGCAGGAGACUCUUUCAGGUGGUUCGCAAUUUAACGGAACCACCUUUACCACCAGGGCCUUGUAAAGACCCCAAGAUCUCCUGCAACGAUUUUGCAAAGUUUUUAUUCAGAUAAAAUCACUCAUAUUCGGAAGGAGCUAGACACCACCGUGGGAGCAGGGCCAGGGCGGGAGAGUGCUAGAGCUCUGUCUGGUCAAGUUGCAUGGAAUCAAUUUCAAUCCGUUACCCCCGAGGAUGUGGACAGGCUGCUUGGACGCGUGAAACCAACCACCUGUCUCCUUGAUCCUUGCCCAUCCUGGCUAAUAAAAGCAAGCCGGGAAGGGCUGGGCGAUGGGCUCUGUGGGGUGGUGAAUGCUUCCCUCUGUGAGGGAACAUUCCCAGAUCCGCUGAAAGAGGCGGUCAUUAAACCGCUUCUUAAAAAACCAUCUUUAGACCCGGCCAGUAUGGCCAACUAUCGCCCAGUCUCAAAUCUUCCAUUCUUGGGCAAGGUGAUUGAGCGCGUGGUUGCUGAACAACUCCAGGCACGCCUGGAGGAUGCGGACCAUUUGGAUCCCUUCCAGUCGGGAUUCAGGCUUCACCAUGGGACUGAAACUGCCUUGGUCGCGCUGGUUGAUGAUCUCCGGCGAGCUAGGGCAAAGGUGAGAGUUGUUUCCUGGUUCUGCUGGAUCUCUCAGCGGCCUUUGAUACAAUUGACCAUAACAUCCUUCUGGACCGUCUAGAGGGGCUGGGAGCUGGGGGCACUGUUAUACAGUGGUUCCGCUCCUUCCUCCUGGGCCGUGUUCAGAAAGUGGUGGUGGGGGAUGAGUGUUCAGACCCCUGGGCCCUCACUUGUGGGGUGCCUCAGGGUUCCGUCCUCUCCCCCAUGCUUUUUAACAUCUAUAUGAAGCAGCUGGGAGAGAUCAUCAGGGGGUUUGGACUGGGUGUCCAUCAAUAUGCAGAUGAUACCCAGCUCUACCUUUCUUUCAAAUCAGAACCAGUGAAGGCGGUGAAGGUCCUGUGUGAGUGCCUGGAGGCGGUUGGAGGAUGGAUGGCGGCUAAUGGAUUGAAGUUGAAUCCUGACAAGACAGAAGUAUUGUUUUUGGGGGACAGGGGCGGGCUGGUGUGGAGGACUCCUGGUCCUGAAUAGGGUAACUGUGCCCCUGAAGGACCAGGUGCGCAGCCUGGGAGUCAUUUUGGACUCACAGCUGUCCAUGGAGGUGCAGGUCAAUUCUGUAUCCAGGGCAGCUGUCUACCAACUCCACCUGGUACGCAGGCUGAGACCCUACCUGCCCGCGGACUGUCUCGCCAGAGUGGUGCAUGCUCUAGUUAUCUCCCGCUUGGACUACUGCAAUGCGCUCUACGUGGGGCUACCUUUGAAGGUGACUCGGAAACUACAACUAAUCCAGAAUGCGGCAGCUAGACUGGUGACUGGGGGCGGCUGCCGAGACCACAUAACACCGGUCUUGAAAGACCUACAUUGGCUCCCAGUACGUUUCCGAGCACAAUUCAAAGUGCUGAUGUUGACCUUUAAAGCCCUAAACGGCCUCGGCCCAGUAUACCUGAAGGAGCGUCUCCACCCCCAUCGUUCUGCCCGGACGCUGAGGUUCAGCGCCGAGGGCCUUCUGGCGGUUCCCUCAUUGCGAGAAGCAAAGCUACAGGGAACCAGGCAGAGGGCCUUCUCGGUAGUGGCACCCGCCCUGUGGAACGCCCUCCCAUCAGAUGUCAAAGCGAUAAAUAACUACCUGACAUUUAGAAGACAUCUUAAGGCAGCCCUGUUCAGGGAAGUUUUUAAUCUGUGAUAUUUUACUGUAUUUUUGGUUUCUAUGGAAGCCGCCCAGAGUGGCUGGGGAAACCCAGCCAGAUGGGCGGGGUACAAAUAAUAAAUUAUUAUUAUUAUUAUUAUUAUUAUUAUUAUUAUUAUGUCUUAUUGAAAUUUGAUUCCCUUUUCCCACCCCACAUCACCACUACCACCUAUUUUUAUUUUUUAGAACAAAACACUCUACAUGAUUGCAGGAGGAACAGUAUCAGUAUUAUACAUCAUUGGCAUUAUUGCCCUUUGCGCUGGAGUGAGAGAGAAAGUAGGUGAGUUUAUUUAAUCGCAACAAACAUUCCUAAUACAUUUCUUUCCUACUUUAAAAACAAGGUAUCAGAUAUGCAUUUAUUUAUUUAUUUAUUUAUUUAUUUAUUUAUUCCACUCGUUAUAGAUCCUUAUGCCUUAAAAUCAGACCAACAAAUUCCCUUCCUUAAGGGACACAAACUUGCACUGAUGUGUGGACCAUAUGUGAAACUUGCAGCAUCAUUUCUCCUGAUUUCAACAGCUGUUCAGGUAAUUCUAGUUCAUAAGAGGAUUUGCAGCAGCAUAGAUUGUACCUGAACUAUGAAAGAACCCACAUCAGCUGUGAAACAGAAACAUGGUCAUAUAUAUAUAUAUAUAUAUAUAUAUAUAUAUAUAGUUAGUUAGUUACAAACCACCGGCGUUAAGUUGGAAGCUGUAGUGGAUUUCCCCCCACUUCAAGAUGGUUGGACCAUCUCAAGAGCUCCUUCUACCAAACUCAUUCUUUGGAUCUUUAACAAAUACAAAUACCAUUUUAAAAUAUAACAAUAAUUGAACAGCAGCUUAUCCAAAAGCAGUCCAAUUAGCUCAGCGAUGGAUGAUGAUGCAGAAGGUCCAAGGUUCAAUACCUGGCAUCUCCCUGUGGGGCUGGAAAUGUCCACUGCCUGAAACCCUUGUUAAGUAUAAUUGUUCAAUUCACACUGAAAUGGAGAAUGCCUAUGUAUAUAAUAAUAAUAAUAAUAAUAAUAAUAAUAAUAAUAAUAAUAAUUUAUUUAUACCCUGCCCAUCUGGCUGGGUUUCCAAAAGAAUAUUAAAAUACUGUGAUACAUCAAACAUUAAAAGCUUCCCUAAACAGGGCUGCCUUCAGAUGUCUUCUAAAAGUCUGGUAGUGUGAUAGCCUGGGAAUCCGAUUCAGAGGGUGAACUGGAGGAAUCCCAGCCUGCACAGGAGUCCCCGCCUCCAGGCCCGGCUGAACUGGGGCAGGGCCUUGAUUCUGAGGCACCUGCACCUGUGCUGGAUCCUCAGGAGCAGGCACCAGGUGAAUCCACUCUGGCUCCAGAGGUGGUUGAGGACUCAGUGCCUACAGGUGAGACUCCCCCUGGGCCCAGUAACCCUUCAGCCUCUCCUGAACUGCAGAGGCUCAGGGCAGAGAGGCGAAGGGAACUGGUUUCUCCCAGGAGGAGUGCUCGCCUUAAGGCCAGGAGAGGCGGGUCUCCUGGGGGCCAGGACCGCCCCUGGCCUCAGAGAAGAUAAACGCCAGUCAGCCCAGUCCCAGGUUGCGGGAGCAACGUCAUUGUUGAGUACCUGUUCCUGCCUGGACCCAGACCUGACCCUCCAGUGUUCCUGUCCCCGCCCGGCUUCCUGCUUCGGACCUCGCCCCGCUCCUUGUGAACUGUUUCCAGGCUAGUGACCCAGGACCGGACUUUGACUACGCCAACGGUAACCUUCCCCCCGGGACCAGCACAGUUAGUUCUUGUUCUCUUUGACAUCUGGUGGGAGGGCGUUCCACAGGGAGGGCGCCACUACCGAGAAGGCCCUCUGCCUGGUUCCCUGUAACCUGGCUUCUCGCAGUGAGGGAACCGCCAGAAGGUCCUCGGUGCUGGACCUCAGUGUCCAGGUAGAAUGAUGGGGGUGGAGACGCUCCUUCAGGUAUACUGGACCAAGGCCGUUUAGGGCUUUAAAGGUCAGCACCAACACUUUGAAUUGUGCUCGGAAACGUACUGGGAGCCAAUGUAGGUCUUUCAAGACCGGUGUUAUAUGGUCUCGGCGGCCGCUCCCAGUCACCAGUCUGGCUGCUGCAUUCUGGAUUAGUUGUAGUUUCCGGGUCACCUUCAAAGGUAGCCCCACGUAGAGCGCAUUGCAGUAGUCCAAGCGGGAGAUAACCAGAGCAUGCACCACUCUGGUGAGGCAGUCCGCAGGCAGAUAGGGUCUCAGCCUGCGUACCAGAUGGAGCUGGUACACAGCUGUCCUGGACACGGAUUUAACCUGUGCCUCCAUGGACAGCUGUGAGUCCAAAAUGACUCCCAGGCUGCGCACCUGGUCCUUCAGGGGCACAGUUACCCCAUUCAGGACCAGGGAAUCCUCCACACCUGCCCGCCUCCUGUCCCCCAGAAACAGUACUUCUGUCUUGUCAGGAUUCAAUCUCAAUCUGUUUGCCGCCAUCCAUCCUCCAACCGCCUCCAGACACUCACACAGGACCGUCACCGCCUUCACUGGUUCUGAUUUGAAAGAGAGGUAGAGCUGGGUAUCAUCCGCAUACUGAUGAACACCCAGCCCAAACUGCCUGAUGAUCUCUCCCAGCGGCUGCAUGUAGAUGUUGAAAAGCAUGGGGGAGAGGACAGAACCCUGAGGCACCCCACAAGUGAGAGCCCAGGGGUCUGAACACUCAUCCCCCACCACCACUUUCUGAACACGGUCCAGGAGGAAGGAGCGGAACCACUGUAUGACAGUGCCCCCAUCUCCCAGCCCCUCUAGACGGUCCAGAAGGAUGUUAUGGUUGAUGGUAUCAAACGCCGCUGAGAGAUCCAGCAGAACUAGGAAACAGCUCUCACCUUUGUCCCUAGCCCGCCGACCAAGGCAGUUUCAGUCCCGUGAUGAGGCCUGAAUCCCGACUGGAAGGGAUCCAAAUGGUCCGCUUCUUCCAGGCGUGCCUGGAGUAGUUCAGCAACCACUCCCUCAAUCACCUUGCCCAAGAAUGGAAGAUUUGAGCCUGGGCAAUAGUUGGCCAUCGUGGCCGCAUCUAAAGAUGGUUUUUUAAGAAGCGGUUUAAUAACCGCCUCUUUCAGCGGGUCUGGGAAGGCUCCCUCACGGAGGGAAGCAUUCACCACCCCACGAAGCCCAUCGCCCAGCCCUUCCCGGUUAGCUUUUAUAAGCCAGGAUGGGCAAGGAUCAAGGAGACAGGUGGUUGGUUUCACUCAUCCAAGCAGCCUGUCCACAUCCUCGGAGGUAACAGAUUGGAAUUGAUCCCACGCAAAUUGACUAGACAGGAGUCUAGCACUCUCCCGCCCUGGCCCUGCUCCCACGGUGGCGUCUACCUCUUCCCGAAUCUGAGCGACUUUAUCUGCAAAAAACUUUGCAAAAUCAUUGCAGGAGAUCAUGUGGCCCGUACUGGGCCCCGAUGUAGCAGGUGGUUCCGCUAAAUUGUGGACCACCUGAAAAGGUCUCCUGCUGCUGUUUUCUGCAGAUGCAAUAGAGGCGGUGAAGAAAGUCUUCUUUGCCGUCGCUACCGCCACUUGGUAGGCUCGACGUUGAGCUCUAACCUGUGUCCAGUCAGCUUCAGAAUGGGUCAUCCACCACCGGCGCUCUAGCCGUCUCAACGAUUGUUUCAUUGCCCUCAGAUCCAUGGAAAACCACGGGGCUGUCCGGGCUCCAUGCAAUCGGCGAGGGCGCUUCGGAGCCAAAUAGUCAAUAGCCCUGGUUAACUCCGCAUUCCAGCGGGCCACCAGGGAAUCAGCUGAAAGGCCAUCAACAUGGGAUAAAGCAUCCCCUACCACUCUCUGGAAACCAUUCGGAUCCAUUAAGUGGCGGGGGCGGACCAUCCGAAUCGAUCCCACCUCCCUGCAGAGGGGAAGGGUCGCGGAGAAGUCCAGUUGCACCAGGAAGUGAUCUGACCAUGGCACUUCUUUCGUUUCACUUUUACUUAGUGUCAGAUCACCAACAUCCAUGGAGGUAAACACCAGGUCCAAGGCAUGUCCACGGCUAUGGGUUGGGCCAAACUUAUUCAGGGACAGCCCCAUGGAGGCCAUGCUUUCCACGAAGUCCCGAGCGGCCCCUUGUAAGGUCGUGUCGGCAUGGAUAUUAAAAUUCCCUAGGACAACCAAGCUAGGUGUUUCCAGGAGAACAUCCGCCACGACCUGAAGCAGCUCGGGCAGGUAAUCCUUAGUGCAGCGGGGAGGUCGGUACACCAAAAGGAAUCCUGUACUGCCCCUAUUGCCCAACUUCCAGAACAUGCACUCAGAGAACUGGGUCUUCCCAAUAGGACGCCUGGUGCAAACUUAUGACUUCCUAAAAAUCACUGCAGCCCCCCCUCCCCGCCCACAAGGCCUGGGUUGCUGUGCGUAAGAGAAACCUGGUGGACAAGCAGCGGCAAGGACAGGCCCAUCUGCUUCAUCCAACCAAGUCUCUGUUACACAUGCCAGGUCAAAUCCUCCAUCCAUGAUCAAGUCAUGGAUGGCAGUGGUCUUAUGAAUCAUUGACCUGGCAUUGCACAGCAGCACCUUCAGGUCAUGUGAGUAUCCCUUGCUGAUUCUAGUAUCCGUCCAGUCAGGACCAGACCCGGAGGCAGGGAUAGUCCUCAGACAACGACUAAACCUGCCUCCUCUGUAAUGACAUGGUCUGGUCUUAGCAUAACUCCUCCUCCUACCCGUGAUCACUGAGAUCGGUUGUCCCAGCGCAUCCCCCUCUGUGGAACAUGCCCCAGCCAUUUUGUUGGCUGGGACCCACUCCCCGGCAGCCCUGACCCCUCCCCUUAAGAACAAAAUAAGACCUUAAAACAAUAAAAACAAAAAACAAAACAAAACAAAAAAACCCCAGAAAACAAAAAGCAAUACAAAUAAAAAACUAUAAAAAUUACAAAUCCAUUAAAAUCAAACAAAUUCGCAACUAAACAUCCAUCCCACCCCCAUCCCCGUCCCCGCAUAUACAAAAAAAUAAAAGGAAAAGGAAAAGGAAAAUUUUAAAACAUUUUAAAAAGAACUCUGCGCCCCUCCGGAUCCCCCUGGGCCGCAGCAGCAGUAACAGCAACCGUCCCUGUGAGGCUUCAGGUCCCGCCCUGGGCCAGGUGGUAAGUGGCAGGAAGGAGCAGGGCCCUCAGACACUCACACAGGAGAGUCCUCCUGGGCAGCAGAGCGCAGCAGUCCCUGUGAGGCUUCAGGCCCCGCCCUGGGCCAGGUGGUAAGUGGCAGGAAGGAGCAGGGCCCUCAGACACUCACACAGGAGAGUCCUCCUGGGCAGCAGAGCGCAGCAGUCCCUGUGAGGCUUCAGGCCCCGCCCUGGACCAGGUAGGUGGUAAGCGGCAAGAGCAGGGCCCUCAGACACUCACACAGGAGAGUCCUCCUGGGCAGCAGAGCGCAGCAGUCCUUAUGAGGCUUCAGGCCCCGCCCCGGGCCAGGUGGUAAGCGGCAGGAAGGAGCAGGGCCCUCAGACACUCACACAGGAGAGUGUGAGUCUUACUGAACGCUUUAACUUGGGGAUUUUCCAUGGGGCUAUAUUAAGCUCUCUAAGCUCCUAGAUGGGUUGAUAAUUUACUGUUACUCUUCUCUUGCUAGCUAACACCUGGUGUUUAACCUUAGAUCACAUGAGAGGUAUUGAAUUGCAAAUCACCAUUUUGAAAGGGAGUGGCCUUUGGUCUUUGUUCCCAGACUCCUUGGGGUAGGGAUACGUAAAAGAGCUCAACAGCCUUGGGGCUGGAAUACAGGCUAAUGGAGUCUUUGAGAGAGAGCUAUGUUUGUCAGCUCUGAUUAUGCUAUUUUAUUUCUAAGAAGCUGAGCCUGUGCUGGUCAUUGCACAUGACCUUAUGGAUAUUUUGGAUGUAUCAUUUACUGUGUUUUGUUCUGUUUUGAAUAAAGUGCUGCAUGUAAAGCUUUGAAUCAAACAUGGGUCUGGACAACGGCUUAUUCCAAAAUGAACCAGUUGUUAUGCAUCCAGUUGCUUCAAGCUGUGCAAUCUGCAAUAACCCUGGCGGGACACUGCCAGUCAUUGUGGACUGACUUUAGGGGUCUGUCAUACUUUUAUAGUGGAUCUUGUCCAGUUCAUUGGUGGCACUGGAAACGAUCUCCCACAUAAAUAUGUCCUCGUUGGAGUAAAAGAUGUUGAUUAUCAGUGACAUAAACUGGGCAGCCUCUGCCUGGAAGACACAGGUCUCACCUUUUCACUAUGCUGUAUUUCUUUGGGCAUUUUGAUGAAAGUUGGGAGAUAAGCCAGUGAUAACCCUCUGUUUGCUGUACACAUGAAGGGUUAUUUAUCUGAUGUUAGUGAACUAAUCCACUACCACCUAUAGAGGAAACUCUCUAUAAGACCAUUACAGUGGUACCUCGGGUUAAGUACUUAAUUCGUUCUGGAGGUCCGUACUUAAUAUGAAACUGUUCUUAACCUGAAGCACCACUUUAGCUAAUGGGGCCUCCUGCUGUGCUGCGCCACCAGAGCACAAUUUCUGUUCUCAUCCUGAAGCAAAGUUCUUAACCUGAAGCACUAUUUCUGGGUUAGCGGAGUCUGUAACCUGAAGCGUAUGUAACUGUAUGUAGAUAGUCUAAAAUUACCUAACUGCACAACUGCUAGUUUAUGUUAGAUGUACCUGUACUGGAACAAAUUUUGUUGUUUUUAAUAUAUUCAAAAAGUGCAUGUAUAUAUAUUUGCAUUGUUUAAAUGGCAUGCAUAAUGAGAGAUUUUGAUUAUGCUCCCUGCUAGUAGCAGCUUUGUCUUGUUGCCAGCCAGCAUGUGUUUAAUUAUUAUAGCAAUCAGUUCACUUUCGCUCUUGUUCAGCAUUUGUAAAUGGGAAAUCUGGUUUUAAACCAUUUAAAUGGCCUUGAUUAAUCAACCCUGCUCCACGUUUGCUUUGUGACUAAUUUAUCGUUUUGUUCCUCCUCUUGUCUUCAACUCUCCAGGUUGUACAAAACAACUUUGUCCUCUUUUGUUCUGCUGCAACUAAUCUUCACAACCACAUUGAUUAUUUAGUGCUGAUUGUCUUGGUAAGCAUGUGGACAAAGCAGAGCCUCCUUGCAAAGUAUGUUGCUCUUAAGCUCUUAUUUUCGUAAUAUGGUAUGCAUAUCACUAUUUAGACCCUGGAUCAUGCCACACCCAGGGUUAAUUUCAUGUCAUCAGGCAAGUAAAUGAUCUGGAUUGCAGCUAGGAAGUUGGACAGGGUGUGAAAUUCAUUGAGUUUGAUUUGCGUUUUAAAAACAUUAUUUGCUAACUCUCUGAUCAGCUUUUUGACCCAUGUUUAUCAAGUUCACAUGAUAGAGAUGGUGCAGUGGGUUAGUGUGUCUGGCUUUUAACCAGAAGGUUGGUGGUUCGAGCCCACCCAGGGAUUUUUUUGGGCAGGAUUCUUGCAUUGCAGGGGGGUUGGACUAGAUAACAGUUCUAUGAUUCUAUGAGAACUGCUUUGCGGUGAACCCAUAUGGCCUAGUUUGUCCCCCUCCCUUUUUGUGAUGUGUGCAAUUAUUCAUAUGGUGCUUCCUUGAUCCCCUUGAUAUGAAGCAUGCUUUCUCCUGUAAUGGUUUUUCUCAUCAUUCAUAGAUAUCUGCAGCACUGAGUGUUCCAUGCUGGCAAUGGUUUCUGAACAAGUUCGGCAAAAAGACUACUGCGGGUGGGAUAUCAGUAAGUAAGCAACUGAGGCACUAAAUGCAGGCUGGCAUUUUUGUUCUUUAGAAAUAGCCGUUUCUGGGAUUGCACCAAACAUUUUUAACAGUGCUUUUGAAACUUGAGACACCUUCUCCCUUUUGGCCUUUGUGCUUCUUUUCUUAGCCAGGCCAAUAUGGGCUCCCAAUUUCUGGUUAUCGUUCAGAUUUGUCUUCAUUUUUCCUGCAUUCCCUCCUACUUUGGAUUGGAUCAUUCUCUCCUUCACACUAUGGGCUAUACUCUGCCUUGAUAGGUAGGAUGUAGAUUAUAUAACGCAAGGUUAAUUAAAGGCUACUUCUGGUAACAUUGCAUUCUUUCCUGCAGUCUUCAAGAGACUAGCCAGUGUUUCCCUUUAAGCCAUUGUUUAAUCCAGUAUAAGGGAAAUCUUGAUUAAUUUUAACUACAGAGAAUGUUGACGAUGGCAAACUGCUUGAUUUGGGCUGGUAUAGUAUAAAGCACACAUAGAACAUUCUUAAAUGGGUCAACCUGGUACUUUUAUCUUUCUGAAAUUUAUAACAUGACGUCUUAGAGCAUUUUAUUUUCCUAAGGGCUUAUUCUCUCAUGCCUUUAAUCAAGGUUCUCUGUCACCACUCUGGUUUAGAAUAUCAUAGAAUUGCUUACCCAAAUGAGCUAAUUAUAAAAUCUGUGCAUAUCAGGAGUUCCUGAACUGUGUCAGGGAGGAAGAUACUUUGUAAGUGCAGAUUUUCUGUUACAAUUAACAAGAAGGCUAAGAGCAAGCACUACCUACAAUCAUUUGUCUGCAAAGAGCAUAGAUACAUCAGCCGUGAAUUUAUUUCCUGCUUCUCUGCUUAUGCUAGCAAAGCUUUUAAGAAUAUUAGUGUGAGCCUCUGGAAUGCUGGGUCAUACUCCUUCUUUACAAGAAAAUCCCAUUUUAUGGCACUAUUGGUUUAUAAAUAUCUGGGUGCUUUGGCUUCCAAGUCGGUAAACACUGCUGCUGUGCUUAAUCUGUGCACAUGGCAAUCUUGUAUUGUUGGAGUGCUCUCUUGUGGUGAAACAAGGUCUAUUGCUGAGUAUUACAGACUAAUUCAAGUAUGUGUAUUUCUCAUUCAGAGUUCUGUUGGUUGUUGACUCUUUCGUUUUAGAAACACUGGUUAUUAUAGGCAAAGCUGUCUAGCUGAGUGUCUGCUUAUGAAUGAUUAGGCAGAGCUUAUAAGCAGAGCUUGUUCAGCUAUGUACAGUCAUACCUUGGAAGUUAAACAGAAUCCGUUCCAGAAGUCCGCUUGACUUCCAAAAAUGUUUGGAAACCAAAGUGCAGCUUCUGAUUGGCUGCAGGAAGCUCCUGCAGCCAAUCAGAAGCUGCGUCGGAUGUUUGGCUUCUGAAAAUCUUUCAAAAACCGGUACACUAACUACCAGGUUUUGACCGAUCGGGAGCCGAUUUGUUCGGGAGCCAAGGCGUUUGAGAUCCAAGGUACAACUGUAUAUAUUUGAUCCUUGCAUAGCAUGGGGAGCAUGAGCCAGAAAUGUCUGGCCCAUGCACACCUGUAAGAAAUUAUAAAAUUAGAAAGAUAUGGUGUCAACAUGGAUUGGCAGAUAUUUUCCUCACAGAGCAAACUGGGUGUGUUCUAUACUGUGGUGGAUACGAGAUGCACUGUGUGAGGCAGAGGCAGGAAGUCCAUGAUUUCCCCUGCAGCAAACACAGCCUGCAUCUUUAACGUCUUGAGUGGAUGAUCACAUGUUGCAUAUAGGAAGCACAGGUGUGUCUGUUGUGUGCAGAUUUAUAGCUUCUGCAGGUGGGGCGGAGGGCCCCAAAAUAAAUCAGGGCCCACACACACAUAAUAAGAGGUUUGACUUCUGAGUGUCAACAGGUGAAGCUCUCCCCGUAAUUGUCUUUCCAAAUGACAAAAGGCUUAAGCAGGUCAUAUUUCUACCUGCAUACAGACGCAAAAAUCUGGGUCUUCCCCGAAUGCCCACCCUGUUCCAUGAAAAAAACACAAGCUUCAUGAGCAGCAAACCAAAUGCAUUAUUUUCAUCAACUGAUCUUAGGCUUACAAUACUGCAUUUGGUGCAAGACUGGGCUUAGUAAUUCUGGAUGUUGUUUGCAGGGAAGGUAGUCAACCUUUCGAUUUAGAGUAGUUAAGGUCCAGGUGCCCAUGCUUGGAUAAAUUUAAGACUAAAUGGUUAAAAAGCAAGCAGUUGUCACGAUCCAAGGGACGUCCUCAGGGACAGGGGAUCCACUAACUGAUGAUAUAAGCCUCCACCAAAGCACCCAUGCCACCACCGAGGGCAGGGUUGCAGGUGCAAGGGAAGCGGUUUGGAUUCAGAGCACUGGAAGAAGCCUUUUGGACCCAGACUGCAUCCUCCAGCCUCCUCAGGCUCUCUCCUAGGGAGUUCCCAACAGGGAACUUCUUAGCGCACCCAAUCUCAGCAGAGUUUCCUGUCGGCAUUGCUCAUCAGAUGGGAACUGGCAGGGAGCCCUGCUUGCAAAGGAACAAAUCAGAAGCUCCCUUUAAGCUGUCAGCUCUUCCUUUAUAACAAAGUCCGUACCUGAUCCACAUCAGACAUAGCAGGUAUGAGGCAGGUGAGCACCAUUUGUAGGAUACAGCGUUGCAGGCCAAAUGGGAGCCAGGUCCCCCACUCCUGCACUCCUGUUUCUCAACUCCACAGUAACGCUGAUCUAACCAUACACAUUUCUCCCGAUUUCCAUUUCUUCCAGUUGAUGAUUCCCGCUUCGACCAUGCUGGUGUUCUUUCCAGAACCGGCUGUUGCCUACCUUUCGGCUGGUGUUUCAGGGAUCAGCAUUGCAGCCACUUUGCUGUUGCCAUGGUAGGACAGUCUUAUAGGUGUGUGUGCAUAUGUGUACCAGGUACAAAAUCAACUGUUAUCGGCAUUUAAAAGGAAAUAUCUGUUACACAGUAGGAUGUGCGGGACAUCAGACUUUGUAGUAUCUGUAAGGUAUACUACCUGUGCCCUGUAUCAGGGCACUAAGAAAAAGAGCAGUGUGUCACAGUAGACUUUUGACUCACCCAAACUCACAGGCCAGCUCUUUUUCGCCUGCACGCAGUGAAAGCAGCUUCCUAAGCUGAAGUUAAAAGCCACUUUUCAUGCUAUUUUCCCCCUAGCAUAGAUAAGAGAUUGAGUGUGGAAAGGGGAUGUGAGAAGAGUUGCACAAAUGUCUUGUUUCUCUCUUUAACCCUCACCUUAGGAGAAGCAGCCUCUGCCAUAUUAAUACUUCCUUGAAAUGUUAGGCAUCACUAAGAAGGACUUAAACUUACAUUUAUUCAUCUCCUAUAGAGAGCAAAGCCAGGCACCUUAAGAUGGCUAUUUCAUUUGUAAAAAGGUUUAUGGGAACAUAAUAAUAAACGUACAACAUAAUUUGUAUUGGUUGAGAGCAGAUCAAAGAGCUGGUCAAACAGAGGAAUGAAUUUUCUUUAGAGUCGCACUGGUGUUUUCAGCCAGUACAAUACCCGCAGAUGCUUUGAAAAUCUGCUAUCUUGUUAGGAGCAUAGAUAUUUGGGAUCUCUCUCGCUCUGUCUCUCUUGUAAUGGCUUGAGAGGUUUUACAAAUGUCUCUUACUGUAACUCAUUACAAAAGUCCUCCUGGGGAAUAUGCUACACUCAUUCAGUUUUAUUCUCUGUUGUUCUAGACAUCACUAACCUAUCAGCAGAAGUAAUUAAAUUUGAUGUUAAUCAAGAGUGCAGUCCCAGCCUCCCUCCCUCAUGCUUAUUCCAGAAUAGCAAACCUCUGCCAGUGUUAAGUUUCUAUCCAUUAACCUGCACGAUCAUUAAUUGCUUCAGGAUUCCUACCUGACCUGACCUAAUUAGUUUGUAAACCCUCCAUGUUUUACAUAAGUGGUAUAAUAUUGAUUAAUUGUGCCACAAAAUAUGAAAAUGUCUUUCUUUUAAAGUACUGUAUGCUGCUCAUUAAAAUGUCACAUCUUUUUCCAGAAAUAUCUAAUGGAUGUGUAAUUAUUUUCAUUGGUUGGUUAAAGGUCCAUGUUGCCUGAUGUAGUGGACUACUUUCGGGUGCAGAAUCCUAAUUCAGUAGGACAUGAAACCAUCUUUUAUGCUUCAUAUACCUUUUUUUAUAAGAUGUCAGCUGGGAUUGGACUAGGAAUUUCUGCAGCUAGUCUGAAGUGAGUAAAACACAUGCACACACACGCACACACACACAUGGUUGCUCCAGACAUAGAUAUAGGACCACAUUAUAAAUAUCCAUGUGUCAGUAUCUGGGUUCUUUUAGGUACAUAAGAACCCAGGGCAUGGUAAACUAAUGUGGGGUUUGUUCAGUUAAACUCUCAGUAUCACUUAUAGUUCAAGGCUCUUAUUACCACUAGAACCAGCAUCCACGCCCAGGAGUAUCAGUAAGCAGGAAGUGGUGAAUCUCUGAGUAUCAAACCUAGUGAGAGCCAGUCAAAUGAGGUGGCUAAAGGGUCAAACUAGGUCUGAGGAGCAUCCAAGUUAAAAUCCUCACCAUGAGGUUUGCUGGGCAAAAAGAAAAACAAACAAAUACAAAAAAGAGAGGUUCACUAGAUGACCUUAGGCGAGUCUCGAUUUCUCAGAUUGCAAACCUGCCAUGUUGUAAAAAUAGGCAGCAGGAGACCCUCAAAUGACAUUCCGAGUGGAAUCUAAAUGUGAAAAUUAAUAUUUGUUUACCUGAUACAAAAAGCCAUUUUGAAAUCAAAAGCCAGCCCUGCUUAGUUUUCAACCUACUUGGAAUAUACAAGCUGUGGAUUGUGGCUCUUUCCUAAUGAGGGUUAAAAACAACAACACUCAUUUAACAGCUUGGAAGCAGUGUGUGGAGACAAAUUCCUACAUGUCAAAUUAUAUUUAUUUCAUAAAAUCUAUAUGCUGCUCGAUUGUAGAAAACCUCAAAGCAGUUCACAUGUACAAAUUGUUGUUGGGGGUGCUGUGCGAACCCGCACAGAUGUACAAUUCCACUUUCCAUGGCUAGUAUGAUGAGUCUCACCUUUCCUUACUGACCUUGAAAGUGGGGAAAGGGGUUGGGUAUCAUCCCCACAGUUAUACUGGGCUUAUGAAGCAAGCACAAACUACAAGCCUCAGUCCUCUUUAUCAAAUGGAUCCACUCCCAAGUGUGUAGAAAUCGUUCCAACAGUGAUGUUGUGCCCCAGAGCUGGUCAGAGGCCUCCAGAAGCUCUGUGUAACUGCAAAGGUGAUUCCUUAUACCUUCCCUAUACCCAAGCUUAGAGAGGGAGGAGGGAAUAGGACUGUCCUUAAUCCUGCACUGUGUUUUUCCGAGAUGCAGUUUGAAGUUGGGUAAAGUCUCUGCUCCUUUUGGUUGCUACCACAGCCAUCUGAAGUUUGUGGACCCCUGUGCAUUUAUAUUGCAAAUUUAAUCAGAGCUCCAUUGAACUGCCUGAAUGUGCAUUUUGAUGUGAAAUAGGAAGUGCAUCAGUUAAAAAGUCACAAAAUCCAGCUAGUGUUUGAGUGAGUAGCAAAGACUCCACAUGCAAUUUUUAGUGCAAGACAAUUUAAAAUUAAGUCUUGCAGUGAACAUGCUCUACUCCUGCUUUAGUGUCUGCAGACAGGGAACUUAGAGUUCACAGAAUUUCUAGCAGAUAAUGAAUUCUACUGCAUUCUGCUUGCUUAAAAAUGCCAGAAAAGUUUAAUAGGAUACAAAGGUUAAUAAAUACAUGUCCAUGUACAAGGUGAAAUAAAUUAAUCCACAAUGUGAAACUGGUUUGCCGAAGAUUUCGGCUACAGAGUGUAGGUAAUAAUUGGCUCAUUGCUUCAGUCUUGACCACAGCGAGAGGUAAAAACGUGACUAUGUUUCAUCUGUAAGCCCCUACCUUCUUCAUUACUCAGAUCUGGCAUCAGCAAGAAAAAAAAAUCUCCAAGGAAGCUGAGAUGAUAUCAAGGAGCCAGUGAAACCCCAAGGGAAAAAAAUUAUGGGGAAGGCUCUACAUUGUGGGUGGGAGAGGUUACACACACACAGAGUACGGUAAAUAGUAGUAUGAAGAUACGACUGUAACAGAUGUAUUUAUUUUUUUAAUAGUCUUGCAGGCUUCAAAUCGGGUGUGUGCAAACAGUCUCACAGUGUUGUUAUCAUGCUGAAAGUCCUGGUUGGAGCAGUCCCAUCUCUUCUCGUGCCAUUAGGCUUGUUUAUACUCAUUUUCUAUCCAAUCAAUGAAAAAACUCGAAAGGAAACGAAACAUGCCCUUGAAAGACGAAGGUAAGUAUGUACCUACAACAGAUUCUCUUAGUGCUCACUAUGGAAGAGAUAGGCUAUUUCAAAAGCAAACACCUUGUAUUACGCUGCAUACAGAGAACCCCUUUACUGACCUAGAAAACAAAGUCUUUUACUUUGAAAAGCAUACUGCUUUGCUUGACUACCAGCAUUUUCUGGCUUCAUUUCAGCAGAGGCUCUCUAGGCUUUCUAUAUGGUAUGAUGUAUUGCCCUGCUAUUGCAUUUUUGCAUUGUUAAUCAUUUCAGUGCAAAGCUGCAAAGGGAAGUGCAAAGGGAAGUGAUUUUUGUUAACUGCCCCUUCGCCCUGCACUUCUCAGGGCCACCUUCUACAGUGUUCUGGAGGGUCCAUCAACACUCUAAAGCAGCAGUAGGGGAGAGGCCCCACCGGGCCAAAAGCAUUCCCCACCUCUGAGCUACAAGCUGCCACUUCAAAUACUACUAAGGGGCAGGACCAUGUAACCGCCCUGAAAGUUACAAAAGCAUGGAAGAAUAGUUGCCAGGUUCUUAAUGCCUCAGGAACAAUUUCAGAUGAUGCAUAACUGAAACGAAACACUUCAAAAAGGCUGGGUCCAGGGGAUGCAGGUGGCGCUGUGGUCUAAACCACUGAGCCUCUUGAACUUGCCGUUUGGUAGGUCGGCAAUUCGAAUCCAUGUGACGGAGUGAGCUCCUGUUGCUCUGUCCCAGCUUCUGCCAACCUAACAGUUUGAAAGUACACCAGUGCAAAUAGGUAAAUAGGUAGCGCUGUGGCGGGAAGGUAAACGGCGUUUCCGUGUGCUCUGGCACUUGUCACAGUGUUCCACUGUACCAGAAACAGUUUAGUCAUGCUGGCCACAUGACCCGGAAAGCUAUCUGUGGGCAAAUGCAGCUCCCUUAGCCUGAAAAGCGAGAUGAGCAUCGCAUCCCAUAGUCACCUUUGAUUGGACUUAACCAUCCAGGAGUCCUUUACCUUUUACCUUUAUUAGAUGUCAUUGUCUUAGCACUUAUGUUACAAUGUCAAACACAGAAACCACAUUUCUUCAUGUGUGGUUCUUUUGCAUUUUUUAAAACAGGCAUCGUCUAAGCAUUCUCUGUGAGAAUGAAGAAAUCACUCCUCUUUGAAAGCCGGAAUAGCUUGUGGUAACGAAAACCUAACCAGGCAGCAGCGCUUUGUGGGAUAAAAGGCUGCUCCUUAUUCCACCGAAGCUUUAUUUCACGGAUGAUACACACAUCUAUUUAUCAAGGCUAAAUGAAUUCAAAACACAUUGUAACUUGGAGCAUAGUUUGGAGAGGAAUGCUUGGAACCUGUAUGUAUAGAACACUGGGGAAACUGCUUGCUGCUCUUUCCACUGAUCUAUAGCUAUACUGAGGAUUGGAAAACAAGCUGCCUUCUAAGCGUCGCCCGACGGUCUGUCUCCAAGGAUGGGUAGUCCUCAAAAUUUCAACUAAGAGGUCACAUUAUCCAUGCCUACGCAGACUCUCUGUUCGUCAAACAAUCCCCUUUCACAAUUUGUUAUAAAUAACCGAUUAGAGCAAAAAUAAAAAUGGGAUCUUCUUCAUCAACCCUUCAAAGUGUCGGCAUGUUUUCAUGAUUUUAAAAUGUAAUGUUUUGCACCUUCUGCUUAUCUAAAUCAAGACUUUUAUAGACACUUGGUUAUGUCCCAUUAAAAGUGGCUCUGUGCAAAAACAUAUUGCCAAUUAGAAAGGCUUGCUUUUCAUGUGCUUUUUAAAUUCAAGCCCAUAUUUAAACUAUCAAAUUAAGGCUGUGACAAAGCAAGAGCAUCUGUAAUCCAGCACGAUGCUCCAAAAGAAAAGAGAAGAAAAGAGCAAAACCUUUAAUUGUGUCUUUGCUCCUGUAAAAUGUUGGAGAUUUGCUAUUCUAAGUGAACAGCUAGCUCCAUGAUUAUUUACCUGGAGAUAAUAAUAAUUGAGUGUGGCUCUUCAAAAUCAAGGGUUCAAACAAUUACCACUACGUUGCAUUACUACUUUUGGCAUUUCUUGGUAUGACAGUGUGCACAAGAGGGUUGGAGGUAGUUUAUUUAAAUAAUAGCUAAUCAGGCGAAAACCAUAUUUUUUCCAGGUACUAUAUUAUUGGGAGAAUCCUUUUGAUUGCUACAUUCUGAAAGUUAAGACUUUCAGAGGUUAUUGCACCAAAUAGCUGACACUCUUUGGGAGUACCACAUGGUCCACCACUGAUUUUGUAGUCAGAUGUUCAUGUGGAGGUUCUGUUGUUGUUAUUUUGAACUGGCACCUUCAUAUUGGAGUCACAAUUUGGGUAAUUUCUAUGGCGCUUUUCUGAGCUCCUAGGACUCUAAUUGCAGCAGAAGUGCAUACAGCCUUCACAUGGAGGCACCAGUUCCUAUUAAUAGCAUCUCCAAAUGAACACCACCUGCUCAUGAGCUCCGCGGCAGAUUCCACAGAAGUUUCCAGAUAAUGUAAAUAAUUAUCCGUUCCGGUGCCAAAUGCUUGGGACAGGAGUGAUUAGUCAGUGUUGUGUCUGCCUGUGCACACAGAAUAUUGGCAUUCUCUUUCACAAUGUGCUAAGUUAUUGUCUCCCAAUGACACACUGUAACUGCCAUCCAGUGCUAUUUCACUCAUUUCUCCCAGGUCAUGUUUUGAUCCUGUGUUGAGAGUACAGAUUAAUGAAACUUUCAACUUGAAGCCAGUCCACACACAGAAAGAGAUACAAAAGCAGAGCACACGGCUACAUGUGUUGUCUUCCUCUGCUUGCAAGUAAAUUGACUCUCCAGGUAGGUUCUUAGUGAGCUAAAAAUAUCCAAUGCAGCAUGUAGCAUUGCUAGGAAAUCG